AUGGCUAGAAGAAAGGGAAAUAACAGAAAAAAAACGUUUGGCGCUCGUGAUGACAGAAAUAACGGCGAAUGGACUGAAAUCAAAAAGGAAAACGAAAAAUGGGAGACAUACUAUAAAGCUCAAAAGUUUAUUCCCGAAAAAGAUUGGGACUUCUUCAAGAAAACUUGUCAGACUCAAUUACCCUUAACUUUUAGAAUAACAGGGAACAGAAAACAUGCUAAUGAGAUUUUAGAUAUUUUCAAAACCAAACAUUUACCACAAUUAGGUAAUGUUGAAUUUGAAGGAGAAAUAAUCAAACCGCCUGUCAAUUUGCCUUGGUACCCAGAUAAUCUAGCAUGGCAAUUAGAUGUUUCUAAAACUGUUAUCAGGAAAAACGAACAAUUUUCAAAGACCCAAAGAUUUUUGGUUUUGGAAACAUCUGCUGGUAAUAUUUCUAGACAGGAGGCUGUUUCUAUGAUUCCUCCGUUAUUACUGGAUGUUGAACCACAUCAUAAGGUUUUAGAUACAUGUGCUGCUCCAGGUUCCAAAACUGCACAGCUCAUUGAAAGUUUACAUUCCACCUCAGACGAGCCAACUGGGUUUGUGAUUGCCAAUGAUGCCGAUGCUAGAAGAUCACACAUGUUAGUUCAUCAAUUGAAAAGACUGAAUAGUCCUAACCUAUUGGUAGUCAAUCAUGAUGCUCAAUUUUUCCCACGAAUUCAAAUAGAAAACAAUGGGAAAAAGUCUUUUGUAUUGUUUGAUAGAAUCUUGUGUGAUGUUCCAUGUUCUGGGGAUGGGACCAUGCGUAAAAAUAUUAACGUUUGGAAAGAUUGGAAUACCCAAGGUGGUUUGGGGUUGCAUACUGUCCAGUAUAAUAUCUUAACAAGAGGCCUAAAAUUGUUAAAAAAGGGUGGAAGAUUGGUAUAUUCCACUUGUUCCUUAAACCCAGUCGAAAAUGAAGCAGUUGUUGCACAGGCCCUAAGACAAUGGGGUGACAAAAUCAAGUUGGUUGAUUGUUCUGAUAGGUUACCAGGACUAAUUAGAGAAAAGGGUGUCAGUGAUUGGUUGGUUUAUGAUAGAAAUAUGGACUUGAAGACCAAAGAAAACAGAGGUGAUAUUAAAGAGAGCUGUUUCCCACCAACUAAGGAGGAGGCUGAGAAUUUCCACUUGGACAGGUGUAUUAGGGUUUACCAACAUUUUCAAAACACAGGUGGGUUUUUCAUUGCUGUUUUUGAAAAAAACGGUGAGACCCAAAAAGAUGCUGUUGUAGAUGAACCACCAAAAGAAGAACCCAAUUCCGCCAUUGUCAAAAAAAUGAAAACUGAUUCUGGAGAUGUUGUUGUCACAAAGAAGGAAAAACUUCCAAGAGAUGCUAAUGAAGAACCCUUUAUUUUCAUCCCAAGCGUUCAUCCCGAGUUAGAAAAAUGUUGGAAGUUUUAUGGGGUUGACGAUAAAUUUGAUAAGAAUAACUGUUUAGUACGUAAUGCCACUGGUGAUCCAACUAGAGUCGUAUACACUGUCUCCAAGUCUUUGAAAAAUAUUAUUGAAUCUAAUGAAGAUAGAAUGAAAUUUAUUUAUGCCGGUGUUAAAUUAUUUGUUGCUCAAAGGAGUGAUAUCGAAUGCCCAUGGAGAGUACAGAGCGAGUCAAUACCCAUCAUGAAGCACCAUAUGAACUCUGCCAGGGUUGUCGAGUGUACUGAAGAUGCAUUGAAAGUGUUGUUAACCCAUGCCUUCCCGACUUUUGAUGAUUUUAAGGACGAAAGUCUGGUUUCCAAGUUAAAGGAGCUAAAAACUGGCUGCAUUUUCGUCAGCAUCAAAAGAAAUGACCCUCUCAAAGAAGAUUUAUUUCUACCCGUCUGGAAUGGAUCUAAGUGUGCUAAUUUGAUGGUUGCAAAAGACGAUACCCACGAAUUGUUAUACAGAAUAUUUGGUAUUGAAACCACCAGAAAUGAACAAAAGAAACCACAGCAACAGGACGAAAAGAAGGAAGAGGGGAAAAUGACAGAAAACAAGAUCUGA